AUGGCGUCCUCGCUGUCCAAGGGCCCCGUUUUCUCGGCCAUUCGAUCCAGCAACGCUCCCUUCUCUGCCUUCCACUCCGGUCCGGCCAUUGCUACACCAUGCCAACGCCGAUACCUUUCCCAAUCCUCUCAGCGCAGUGCUGGCCUCCGCGGAAUGCCUCAGAACAUCUCCAUGCCAUCGCCCGCUCAACCUAGUAUGCGAACCCGGGGUAGGGGUAUGCCUAGGACGGAUCUUCCCCAGGAUAUCGGACUUUUGCCGGGCACCUUCAUCCGGCCGCUUUGGAGAGACAUGCCCUCUAUCUUCCAGCAACCCUCGGAGCGUUUACAUAUGGAAUGGCUGUGGAUCAAGUCGGCUUUUCAGAACUUCGUUGGAAUCCUCGCCUACUGCAAAUGGCUCAACAAGGGCCUUGCACUUAGACUGAGAGAGCGUCGACAGAUUGCUGCUGAAUACCACCAGAAGAUGUACAGUGCAUUUGCCGCCGGCGAUACUUCUACCCUGCGCAAGGUGUGUUGCACCGGUCUUGCCAACCAGCUGAGCGCCCGCAUCGCUGCCCGUCCCAAGGGCGAGCGUGUCACUUGGAACCUGGACAGUUACAUUCGCUCCCCGGGCACCUAUUUCACCGGUGUUCGCGUCAUGUCGGAUCGUGCGACUCAGAUCCCCGAAAUCCCCAACUCCGGAGUUCGCCAGGUCGUCCUGCGCAUCACCAGCCGUCAGUCGAAGGGCACGACCAAGGCGUCUCCCAACGGUGCCCCCGCUGACAGCACGGCCAUGGCCAACAACACCAAGCAGCAGGACUGCACCGAAUACCUUGUCAUCCAGCAGUUCCGCUGGUCCGGUGAGGAAGACCAAUGGCGCGUCUGGGGUCACGCUACCCCCACGACCGUGGAAGACCUGGAGAGUCCCUUCUUCGCCCGUGGCAUGAGCCUGGCAGACCGCAUGGAGGCCAUGAAGGAGACGAUGACUGGAAAGAAAUAA